AGGCUUGCCUACCCAGGAACUACAUCUCCCAGACACCAAUGCUCACGCCAACCCGGAAGUGCAGUUAAGUUGUAACCGAGUCAGGGGUAAAUUGUCCCCAGCACUGUCUGAGCUCCUGCUUCAACUCCAAAGCCGGGAAGUUUUAUCGGGUCUCCCCGCACUGACCAUGAAACACGCCAUCUUCCUCCUCUUAUUCGAUCCAGCUUGCAUCCUCCUGCUUAUAGCAUCCUGGGCUUGUGUUCCAUCAAGAAGUGAAAUUGUAAAUCUGGAGAGCAGCAACAUAGAUGAUAUUUUGAGUAAUGCAGAUGUUGCAUUAGUCAAUUUUUAUGCAGACUGGUGCAGAUUCAGUCAAAUGUUGCACCCUAUAUUUACGGAGGCUUCAAAUAUCAUUAAAGAAGAGUAUUCAGAGAAAAAUAAUGUAGUUUUUGCUAGAGUUGACUGCGAUCAAUAUUCGGAUAUAGCACAAAGAUACAGGAUAAGCAAGUAUCCCACUUUAAAAUUAUUCAGAAAUGGAAUGAUGAUGAAAAGAGAAUAUAGAGGACAACGAUCUGUUACAGCAAUUGUGGACUUCAUCAGACAACAAAAAAGUAAUCCUAUCAGAGAUAUUCUUGAAUUGGAAGAAUUGAAAACUGUAGAUAGAAGUAAGAGAAAUAUAAUUGGUUUUUUUGAAAACAAAGAUUCCGACAACUACAGAACCUUUGAAAAAGUAGCAAAUAUUUUGCAUGAUGAUUGUGUUUUUCUUGCUGCAGUUGGUGAUGUUUCAAAGCCAGAAAGAUUCAGUGGAGACAAUGUGAUCUACAGGCCUCUUGGUGAGAAUGCUCCAGAUAUGGUCUACUUGGGAUCCUUAACCAACUUUGACUUGGCCUAUGCUUGGACGCAAGAUAAAUGUGUUCCACUUGUUCGUGAAAUAACAUUUGAAAAUGGAGAGGAGUUGACAGAAGAAGGUCUUCCGUUUCUUAUACUCUUCCAUAUGAAAGACGAUUCAGAGAGUUUAGAGAAAUUCCAACAAGAAGUUGCAAGACAAUUGAUUGGUGAAAAAGGGACAAUUAAUUUUCUACAUGCAGACUGUGAUAAGUUUAGGCAUCCCCUUCUGCACAUACAGAAGACUCCCGCAGACUGUCCUGUAAUAGCUAUCGAUAGCUUUAAACAUAUGUAUGUCUUCUCGGAUUUUAAUGAUUUAUCAAUUCCUGGUAAAUUGAAGCAAUUUGUACAAGAUCUGCAUUCUGGGAAAUUGCACAGAGAAUUUCAUCAUGGACCUGACCCUACUGAUGUAGCUCCUGGUCAGGAAACCGGAGAUUUAGCAAGCAGUCCUCCAGAGAGUUCCUUUCAGAAACUGGCCCCAAGUGAAUAUAGAUAUACCAUACUGAAAAGAGAUCGGGAUGAGCUUUAAAACAUUAGAAUUGCAUUGUUAAACUCAAUUUCCAACAUUACUUUCUGUAUGGUUUAAAAACUGCUAACCUAUAUUUUCAUAAUUUGUAUUUUUUAUUUGGGAUAAAGUAAUAAAUUGAUUUUUUUUUUAUUUGCACACAUGUUUGUAAAUACAUUGUGUUUGGUGUUUUUUCUGUACAGACUUUUAAAUAGAUAGUAAGGAAAUGCAAAUCCCUGAAGCCAACUGUCCUGUUUUAUAAACCAUACAAAAGUUGCAAGAUACUUUUCCCUGUUGAUUUACACUUCCCUAUUAAAUUUGGACUCUUUGGAA